UCCAGGGUGUCCGCUGCUUCCCACCAAGGAAUCAUGCUGCGUCAAUGCAUUUCAAUUGUAUGAUUUGGAAGUCGCCUUUCAGUCUCGGAGGCAAAAGCUAGACGACAGCGGUCCCUUGUGCCGACAGAGGUGAAGCGCCGGGCAGUGACACAGCAGGAGGCGGAGGGGGUCAGACCGGAUCCUUCAUGAGGGAAGAGGCCAGGGACAACCAGCCAGCCCCGGCUUCUCCUCUCUUCACCCUAAAUAGUCUGUUUCGGAAGCUUGGGAGCCCAAAAUAAGGGCUGUUCUAGUGUCCGGAGGAUGUCCCGUCAUGAAGGUGUAAGCUGUGACGCAUGUUUGAAAGGAAACUUUAGAGGUCGUCGCUACAAAUGUUUAAUCUGCUAUGACUACGAUCUGUGUGCAUCGUGCUAUGAAAGCGGUGCAACCACAACCAGACACACCACAGAGCAUCCCAUGCAGUGUAUUUUAACACGGGUCGACUUUGACCUCUACUAUGGCGGAGAGGCGUUCUCGGUGGAGCAGCCCCAGGCUUUCACCUGUCCCUACUGUGGCAGGAUGGGCUACACUGAAGUUUCCUUGCAGGAGCAUGUGGCAGCAGAGCACACGGAGACCUCCACAGAAGUGAUAUGCCCAAUAUGUGCAGCUCUGCCCGGUGGCGACCCGAAUCAUGUGACUGAUGACUUUGCUGCACAUCUCACACUUGAACACAGAGCACCCAGAGACUUGGAUGAGUCUAGUGGUGUUCGGCACGUGAGGAGGAUGUUUCACCCAGGACGAGGUCUCGGGGGUCCCAGGGCCCGCAGGUCAAACAUGCACUUCACCAGCAGCUCCACUGGGGGGCUCUCCACCAAUCAGGGCUCCUCACAGAGCUCCAACUACAGCAGAGAAGCCAUGGACCCCAUUGCAGAACUUCUGUCACAGUUGUCAGGGGUUCGGCGUUCGGCAGGUGGACAGCUGAGCUCGGGUCCAUCGGCGUCUCAGCUGCAGCAGCUCCAGAUGCAGCUCCAGCUGGAGCGUCAGCAGGCCCAGGCGGCCCGGCAGCAGCUGGAAUCGGCCCGUAAUGCCACGCGAGGGGGAAGUCGGGCCAACGCUAUCCUCAACAGCAACUCAACUGCCACAAACCCAGCCCCUGGCGUCAACCACAACAGCAACACGGGCCCAAAUCCAGGUCCAUCUGAGUCCGGUGCACUGCACACUGCACAGACGUCCCAGUUUCUACUCAGCAGGCUGAGUGAACCGCGGCUCUCGGAGUCGGAGCGUCAGCUUUGUGAAGCUCAGUGGGCCGACAGGAGUUUGUUUGUGACGGAGCUGCUGCUGUCGACGCUGCUGCACGACGAGGACGACGCCUCCGCCUCGGAGGACGAGGACGACUGUCGCAGCAUUUUGAGGAACUUGGCAGACUUCAAGGCCAUGGGUUGCGUGGAGGUCAUGACCCUGGACGUGGCGUUGGAGAGCCUCAACCUCAAGGAGGAGACAAGCCCGACGACUAAGACGACAAAGACCCCAAACAAACCGCCGCCAGUGAAGAAGGAGCCCCCUCCACCUUCUCUUUGAUGACAUCACCACCCACGCCACUUGUUACCACCGUUGGAAAAGACGUCCGCCGACUGCCAAUGGACGACUAAAGACUGCAGAUCUUUUUUGCUUUUACUUUAUUUUUAAUUUUCUCUGUCGUUUCAGCUGUCGCCCCCCAGUGUCCAUGACGUGUGCCGAAUAAAAGUGAGACGAGAGAAUGUGAACGCGCGUGUCGAGGAGAUAACUAUAUAAAUAUAUUCUAGAGAAACAAAUCUUUUAUGAGAGUUGAUAAUCAAGUUUUUCGGGGAGGUCACCAACCCGAGAGGAGUCGGUCCGAGCCCGUUCUGAAAUGGCUGCUGUGUAUUUAUAGUGAUUAACUAAUGUUCUUGAUGGUUUUCCACGACUUGAGCAUGAGCUUCAAACACCAUGUGCCCAUUUUUAGCUGCACAGUUACGCGUGGGGAGGUGGAACACGGAGUACUGUAAAUGAUCGCUGCUGAUCGUCUAUCGCACCAAGACUGUUGUUCGGUGACGCCCACAGCACCUCCCCUCUGUGUGACAACUGUUGUGGGUCACAUGACCGUGCUUUAUAUCAAUGGCGCACGCCUUUGGAUUUCAAAUGCAUAUCCUGUGUCCCCUCUUACACUACACACACCCUGGACCUUUUGACAUCCCAUAGACCUGGUUUCAUUUCCUGCACCUUCUGUUCAGAUGAAAACUCUCGUCGCUCACCGAUGCAAAGACGAUGCUUGCAAGGACAGAAUCCCAUUUGCUCAGUUGAGAUGCUCUGAUGUAUGUUUUUGGCUUUGAGAAAAAAAAUGAAAAGCCAAAUUACAGGGUAAACAUUUCAGUCUGGAGGACAAUAAAAUGGUUUUGGA